AUGGCGUGGGACCAUCUUGACAUUGAUAAGCCGCAUCUGGCGUACAUGAUCCUUGGCGGGUUCACGGGCCUGUUCAUGCUGUGCUCGCUCUUUGUGAAGGAGAAGCUCUACAUCGGCGAGGCCACGGUCGCCACCCUCUGCGGAAUCAUCUUCGGCCCACAUGCCGCCAAUCUCUUCAAUCCGCAUGAAUGGGGCAAUGUCGACAAGAUCACCCUGGAGUGUUCUCGCAUUGUGCUCGUCGUUCAAUGUUUUGCCGUCGGCGUCGAAUUGCCGAAGUCCUACAUGGAGCGUCACUGGAAGUCGGUCGUGCUGCUGCUAGUUCCAGUGAUGACCUGGGGCUGGCUGGUCACCAGCCUGUUUAUCUGGUGGAUGGUGCCGCCACUGAACUGGUUGGAGAGUCUGGUAUGUGCUGCCUGCGUGACGGCUACCGAUCCGGUCUUGGCGUCCUCAGUCGUCGGUAAGGGCAAGUUUGCCAAACGAGUUCCCAAGCAUUUACGUGACAUCUUGUCCGCCGAGUCCGGUUGUAACGAUGGCAUGGCUUUCCCAUUCAUCUACCUUUCAUUCUACAUCCUGCGCUACCGACCCAAUGCCGGCGAGGUGUCCCUGAAUUGGUUCUGUGUGACCAUCCUGUACGAGUGUAUCUUCGGGGCCAUCUUCGGAUUCGUCAUCGGAUAUCUCGCGCGACAUGCAAUUAAGUUUGCUGAACGCAAAGGCCUCAUCGAUCGAGAAAGUUUCCUAGUGUUCUAUUUCGUUCUGGCAGUCUUCUGUGCUGGGUCGGGCAGUCUGCUAGGCAUGGAUGACCUCCUGAUUGGAUUCUCAUGCGGUGUUGGCUUCAGUAAUGAUGGCUGGUUCACAGAAAAGACCGAAGAAUCACACGUCUCCAACGUCAUCGACUUGCUGCUCAACUUGGCGUACUUUGUCUACUUCGGAGCGAUCGUGCCCUGGGAAGAUUUCAAUGCCCCUGAUCUCGGCCUGGUUCCUUGGAGAUUGGUUGUGAUUGCAAUAUUGGUCAUCUUCUUCCGGCGCAUUCCCAUCAUGCUCCUAUUGAAACCGAUUAUACCAGAUGUCAAAACUUGGCGCGAGGCUCUUUUCGCCGGGCAUUUUGGGCCCAUUGGUGUCGGUGCUAUCUUUGCCGCAAUUUUGGCUCGAGCUGAAUUGGAGACGGACAGCACCCAGCCUCUUUCUGAAAGUGAACUCCCUGUAGCUGGAACGAGUGAUUACUAUAUAGUUCGGCUUAUUUGGCCCAUUACAACCUUCAUGGUCAUCUCAUCCAUUCUAGUCCACGGCUCUUCAAUCGCUGUGUUCACCCUGGGAAAGCGCAUCAAUACCUUGACCAUCACUCUGUCCUAUACCCAGGCUAACGAGGAGGGUCCUUCAUGGAUGAAUCGUCUACCUCGGGUGCAGUCAUUGGCUAAAGGAUCCAUGUCUUUCCGCAAGGCGGAUGAAUUUGACGCCUCUUCGGAGGAGAAACUCCCCGAAUAUCCUCCAGGCACCUUGCCGCCCAUUGGCUUGCCUGGCAACUUCCUGCGUCGGGUGCGAGACGAGGAUGACGAAUCCCAAAGCGUCCACAGUGCAACCCGCAAGUCUCUCCGACAGCGAAAGCGCCGCAAGCGCCGCAAUGAUGGCGCCGGUGGUCCAAUUAGUCAGUCGGCCAUCAUGCCCGCUCGACGAACUGAAAGCGAACUUGGUGAGAGGAAAGAGGAUUCGGAAGAGCGUGACACUGAAGAACGAGGAGCAUCUGCCCCGACUGUUGAGCUGGGCCGUCUCGGCGCUGAGCCUCAGCUGGAAGUGUACCAAGAAGGUCACAACAUGAUCAUCGAAGACGAAGAGGGAAAUGUGCUCAAAACCGAAGAUACAAGCAACUUGACACCUGAAGAGCAAGCUAGACACAUCGAAAAACAGCGCCAGAGACUCAAGGCCGACCAAUCUGGGGAGUUUGCGGAAGCUCGAGGCAAACCCCACGAAAAGGAUGAAGGCGAAGAGAUCAAACAGACUGUCGACGAGAAGGUCGGCCAGCCGUACGAAAAGGCUCGCAAGCGUUGGGCUGACUGGACCGGCUUCGGAAAAGACAAGACCAAGGAAGAGCCCAAGCCCAAACCCAAACCCAAGCCCGAAGCAGGCGAGAAGCCUAAGGCCCGCUCUGCACAUGCGUAUCAGUUUGGUAACACUAUUAUCGUUGAAGAUGAGGAUGGUGAAGUGAUCAAGAAGUACACUAUCCCCUCCAAUGAAAAGACACCCAAACCUGAGACCCAGGCUGGCCCCUCUUCGCAGGCGCCCCUCCGUACCGGACUCAAGCGCAUGGGUACGUGGUUCGGCAUGGAAGACGAAGGUCAAUCUCCUCAAGACGGGCAGAAAAAGAAGCCUGCGCCACGCACUGAGACUGACGACUGGGCUACGGAUGAUGGUCUGCGUUUCACCCUGGCCCAGAGCCAAGAGGUUGAUACCCGCGGUAUUGGACAGAAGGGUCGCCGCAUGACCAAGCAGGAGUUCUUCCAGCAGAUCAAGGGCAUGGACGCUAAAACCCGCCGUGAUGUGGUGCAGCAGACCGAUGCCCCGGCUCCGGUCAAGGAAGCUGCGAUUGACGACGCGAAGAAGGAAGAAAAACAAGAACGCCGCUCAUCUGUUGCUGCUCUGGCUACGGCCUCCACUGGCGCCUCUGAUGCCAUCCCGGAGGCAGAUGAAGACCUGGAAUCCGAAUCUGUCACCGACAGCGACAUCAGCGACGAGGACGAGUCCGGCGAUGAGCGCGACAUACCAACUCCCAACGUCGCCUCUUCCUUGGCCAAGUUCACCCGUGGUUCAUCAGCCCAUGAGCGCCGUAGCAACCUCAGUCCUGCGCCCCAUACUCGUGACCGCCGCCGCCGUGAUUCCGACGACGAUGGCACUGAGCGCAUUCCGCCCUCGCGUCUCCGCCAAGCUGCCGGUCUCGCAGCUCCUCCUCGCCAGGCCGAUGACGAGACCGGGGAGACCCCGGCCGAACGCCGCCGCCGUCUUGCCGCUCUGGGCGAGAUCCAUGCCGACGACUCCUCCGACUCGGAAGACGACGCCGCUGUCGACUCAGACAGCGACGACGGCGAACCUCGCCAGCCCUCAAGCAAGAUCCAGUUUGCUGAAACGCGCAAGCCGUCUGAUCAAUCAAGCCCUAGCAAUGACCAGUCAUCGACAUCUGCUUCCGGCUCGGGUUCAGGAAAUUUUACUCGCGGUCACCGGCCUCGCGUCUCUUGGGGAGGCGAAAAGGGACGCGACAUCUAA